AACCGAGCGUCUUCACUCGCCGAUCCAGAGGUUUGAGAGUGCGUGGAUCACUUUGGGACCAGCUCCCCCACUGAACACAAUCGCCCCGUGUUGCCACGAUGACAGCGAGUAGACCGACGAGCAGAGCGGCUCAGCCUAACAUCAUCUGGAGGGUCAGAAUGCUUCCUCUGGUGAACUCGGCCUCCCAGGUUCUGCUGACUACUUACUCUGAUGUCAAGAGGACUAACUGGCUGACCUCUACACUCUGCAACGUGGUGGAGACGAGCGCAAGAAUGGCAACAGGACAGGUAGCGAGGAGAGCCAAGCCAUUCCUCCACCUUUUUGAAUCCCAACUUGCGACGGUCAAUACCUUUGCCUCGAAAAGACUGGACAAGUUGGAGGAGGAGUUCCCAAUCCUGCAGCUAUCGAUAGACGAGGUGUCCUUCCACCUCAGGGAAUCCUGGACGCUGACCCUGGACAACGCGCAGGAGCGCCUGAGCGAGGAGACGGAGAGGCUGAGGGCGAGGAGUGGUGCCCUGGUGGAGAAGACGCGGAUGGUCAUGGCGGGUCAAGCCGCGGCCUUCUUGACCACCAGGGUAGGCCAACUGAUGGUUGCCAGUGGAGACACCUGGGUGCGGCUAAUGGAGGAGACCCUGGACCGGUACCUACCGGACCAAGAGGACAACUGCGCAGCGGGAGACGUCGGUGUCCGUGGAUUUGAGCGGGAUAUCCCAGGAGAGCCCAGUCUCCUGCCCAGGGUGCAGCGCCUCACCCACAAGCUGAACUCCCGCCUGUCUCAGAGAAUGCGCCUGUACUCCCAGAGAGCUGAGGAAGGGACCCUGACCGACAUCCUGCUCUUGGUGCAGCUGUUUGACCGGCUGCAAGCCUCUUGGGCCGUCGCCAUGUUGGAUGGUUCCUAUCACUGGCUGCUCAGGGUCUCCGUCCCGGUGACUCAGCGCCUUGUGAACCUGUGGACCGUGCUGCAGGCCCGUCUCUCUGAAGCAGCCAACCUGGCCUCCUCAGCCUGGAGCCUGGGACUCUCGCUCACUGGGAACACCAUCAGCCUCAGCCUCCACCUGCUCUCUCAGUUCAGCGAGAUGGUCAUGCUCCUGGGCCUGUUCCUCAUCAACGUCAUCUAUGCCCUGCUGUUUGAGUUGGAGGAGGCGGAAGGUUCCGGAUCAUCGGAUGGCGAGUCGGACGACAGCAGGGAGGGGCGCGGCCGGCAGGGGGUCAGCCCCUGGGGCAGCGACCUGCUGAGCUGCGUCAGUGACGGCGACCUGCGGAAGCUUCUGGAACACGCCGGGAGCCGGCGGCGGUCGCUGGGCUGGGAGGCGGGGCCGGGCUGCGCCCACCAGCCGCCCUCCCGCAGCCCCUCGCGGAGGGCGGGGGAGCGGGGCUGCCGGCGCUCGAGCGACACGUGGAUGAUGCCUCCCCCGGCCGAAGAGCCGGCCUCCCGCUCUGGCCGCCGGCGAUCUUCGGCGGACCAGGGGCCGAGGUCGGGGAGCAGGGCGCCCCCUGUGACUCAAUCCUGGGGCAACCCGUCCACCCACCAGCACCAGUGAAGCAACAGGUAGCCCCCUUAGGGGUGAUACAGGUCAGGACCCCUGGAUCUCGCAAGAAGUAAAAAAUGCUUCCCUGGCCUCGAUUCCCACGCGUUCCAAGCCCCUUGCUUUAAUCAUCCCAACACCGUGCCUCAUUCACAGGGCAGAGAGGAGACAGACCAGGGAUCAGGGAAAUCUCACCUGCCACCUCCACCUCUUCAGAUUGUGGGUUCAUGUGCCCUUCCCACUGUCUCCAACCCAUCAUGGCGGCGCUGAGGGAGCGGGCACAGUCACAGGGUCAGCGCUGAGGGAGCGGGUACUGUCGGAGGGUCAGUGCUGAGGGAGCGGGUACUGUCAGAGGGUCAGCGCUGAGGGAGCGGGUACUGUCGGAGGGUCAGUGCUGAGGGAGUGGGCACUGUCAGAGGGUCAGUGCUGAGGGAGCGGGCACUGUCAGAGGGUCAGUGCUGAGGGAGCGGGCACUGUCAGGGGGUCAGCGCUGAGGGAGCGGGUACUGUCGGAGGGUAAGUUCUGAGGGAGGGAAUACUGUCGGAGGGUCAGUGCUGAGGGAGCGGGCACUGUCAGAGGGUUAGUGCUGAGGGAGUGGGUACUGUCGGAGGGUAAGUUCUGAGGGAGGGGAUACUGUCGGAGGGUCAGUGCUGAGGGAGCGGGUACUGUCAGAGGGUCAGUGCUAAGGGAGCAAGCACUGACAGAGAGUCAGUGCUGAGGGAGUGGGUACUGUCGGAGGGUCAGUGCUAAGGGAGCAUGCACUGACAGAGAGUCAGUGCUGAGGGAGUGGGUACUGUCAGAGGGUUAGUGCUGAGGGAGCGGGCACUGACAGAGAGUCAGUGCUGAGGGAGUGGGUACUGUCAGAGGGUUAGUGCUGAUGGAGCGGGCACUGUCACAGGGUCAGUGCUAAGGGAGUAGGCACUGUCAGAGGGUUAGUGCUGAGGGAGCGGGCACUGUUGGAGGGUCAAUGUUGAGGGAGCGGGUACUGUCGGAGGGUUAGUGCUGAGGGAGCAGGCACUAGAACAUAGAAAAAUACAGCGCAGUACAGGCCCUUCUGCCCUCGAUGUUGCGCCGACCGAAGCCUACCUAACCUGCACUAGCCCAAUAACCUCCAUAUGCUUAUCCAAUGCCCGCUUAAAUGACCAUAAAGAGGGAGAGCCCACCACUGAUACUGGCAGGGCAUUCCAUGAACUCACAACCUCACUGUCGGAGGAUCAGUGCUGAAGGAGCCGGCACUUUUGGAGGGUCAAUGCCGAGGGAGCGGGUACUGUCGGAGGGUCAGUGCUGAGGGAGCAGGCGCUGUCGGAGGGUUAGUGCUGUGGAGCGGGCACUGUCGGAGGGUCAGUGCUGAGGGAGCGGGUACUGUCAGAGGGUCAGUGCUGAGGGAGCAGGCGCUGUCGGAGGGUUAGUGCUGUGGAGCGGGCACUGUCGGAGGGUCAGUGCUGAGGGAGCGGGUACUGUCGGAGGGUCAGUGCUGAGGGAGCAGGCGCUGUCGGAGGGUUAGUGCUGUGGAGCGGGCACUGUCGGAGGGUCAGUGCUGAGGGAGCAGGUACUGUCAGAGGGUCAGUGCUGAGGGAACGCCGCACUGUCGGAGGGUCACCACAGAGGGAGCGGGCACUGUCAGAAGGUCAACGCCAAGGGAGUGCUGUAUUGUCGGAAGGUCAGUGCUGAGGGAAAGGGCACUGUUGGAGGGUCAGUGCUGAGGGAGCACUGGAGUCCAGUGUCUGAUUGGAAUCAUGUACUGGCUGGUUUUGUGAGCUUCAAGCAUUCCAGUGACCAAUGCAGUUCAGGUCAUACCCUGGAUUCCAGUGAUCCAGAGAAUUGUAUCAUUGUCUCCUGGGUAAAUCUGAGACAGUGAGAGAGGGGAAGAAUGUGUGAUAGUGGCUGAGAGAAACAAUGAGAUGAAUAUUCUGAAAUCUGAGGGAGAGUCAGUCCAGCUCCCUUUCUCUGAUCCCAUUACAGCUCUGUAAAUUACCCAGUCUGUUAGUCUCAAAGCAGAUAACAUUCUGCACUUUUGUACAUCGUGUCCUAACUGCGCCUAUUAAUAAAGUUGGAAGAUGGUUAUUCCCAGCAA